ACACGCGUUCUUGUUUCCGCCCGAACACACUUUUUGGUUGCACACUGCACUUCACAUGAAUGGAAAAGGCAAUGGCAACAUGACUAUGACUUGACAUCGUCCGUGCGUUUCAGGAUCGUUUUGAAAACUCACUCUAAGUCCAUUUUUCCUAACUGUUUCCACUUGUAAGUCGUUGGAGUGUCAGUGCUGCUGAGAGGAGCGGUGCAGUUAGCUGAUAAAGCUAUUAGCUACAUUAGCGAGGCAGCUAGCUACAGGUUCAUUGACUAGCCGCGAUCACUCGAGCUCCCUGUCCAGCUGUGUAACUGAUCCAACACUAAUAACAAUAAACAACGGUGAAAAAAUGCUGGCAGAAAUCCUCGACCUUCCUCCUGAGGACAAGAUAUUUUACGCCGUCUUGGUGUUUUCGUGGACGGUUUAUCUUUGGGAGGCCUACCUCUCCUCCAGACAGAGGAGGAUCUACAGCUCCGCCAUGCACGUGCCCGCUGAGCUGGGGAAGAUUAUGGACGCCGAGACGUUUGAGAAGUCACGCCUCUACCAGCUGGACAAGAGCAACUUCGGUUUCUGGUCAGGACUUUACUCUGAGACCGAGGGAACGCUCAUCCUGCUGUUUGGAGGCAUCCCGUUCCUGUGGAAGAUCUCGGGAAGCCUGACCGGUCGCUUCGGCCUCGGCCCGGAGUAUGAGAUCUCCCAGUCGCUGGUCUUCUUGAUGCUAGCAACGUUAUUCAGCGCCAUCACGGGUCUGCCGUGGAGUCUCUACAGCACGUUCGUCAUCGAGGAGAAGCACGGCUUUAACCAGCAGACUUUAGGCUUCUUCCUGAAAGAUGCUCUGAAGAAGUUUGUGGUGACUCAGUGUAUUCUGCUGCCCGUGACCUCUCUGCUCCUCUACAUCAUAAAGAUCGGCGGAGAUUAUUUCUUCAUCUACGCCUGGCUCUUCACACUCAUCGUCUCUCUGGUUCUGGUGACCAUCUACGCCGACUACAUCGCGCCGCUGUUUGAUAAGUUCACCCCGCUGCCAGAAGGAGAGCUGAAGACUGACAUCGAAAGCAUGGCCAAGUCCAUCAACUUCCCGCUCACCAAGAUCUAUGUGGUAGAAGGAUCUAAAAGAUCCUCGCACAGCAACGCCUACUUCUACGGUUUCUUCAAGAACAAGCGCAUUGUGCUGUUCGACACGCUGCUGGAAGAUUACUCACCUCUAAACAAGAAAAAUGAUGGAGAGUCCACCGAUCAGGACAAGAACGAGGAGACAGAAGAUGAGACCAAGCUCCAACCUAAGCACAAGAAGCAAGGCUGCAGUAACCCAGAGGUUCUGGCGGUUCUUGGCCAUGAACUGGGACACUGGAAACUGGGCCACACAGUGAAGCACAUCAUCAUUAGCCAGCUGAACUCAUUCCUCUGCUUUUUCCUGUUCGCUGCUCUGAUUGGUCGGAAAGAGCUCUUCAUGGCCUUCGGCUUCCACAACAGCCAGCCGACUCUCAUUGGGCUGCUGAUCAUCUUCCAGUUCAUCUUCUCCCCAUACAAUGAGCUCCUGACGUUCUGCCUGACUGUGCUGAGUCGCAGGUUCGAGUUCCAGGCAGACGCGUUCGCGCGAGCCAUGGGCCGAUCGACUGAGCUCUGCUCGGCCCUCAUCAAGCUAAACAAGGACAACUUGGGCUUUCCUGUUGCUGAUUGGCUCUUCUCAAUGUGGCACUAUUCCCACCCUCCACUGCUGGAGCGACUCAGGGCCAUCAAGGACACAAAGAAACAAGACUGACGGUUCCACCAGGGGGCGCCACGUUCACCAUCCGCCCCUCACAGGAAGGGCCUCCGAUGGCCACUUCUGGCUGUCUGAAGAAAGGAAAAAAAAGUGUCUCUCUCUUAAUAUUUGUCUCUUAUUCCCUUAAGUUUUGAGGGUUUGUUUCACAAAUUUUCUACCUGUUUUAAUUAGUUGGCUUUAAUUUGAUUUGUAUACAGUCUAACGCAUCAGCGGAAAGAGGACUCGAGAAAGAUCAUACUUUUUAAAUUCAGAAAUGUCCUCUCCUUCUACAUUUACAACCAAUCAUUAUUAAUUAUAUUUUCCAUACCUUCGAUAUCGUAGCCUUGAUUUUGUCCAGGAGAGAGACAGCACGAGGUAAAGCACCUCGUUUAACCUCGUCAGUGAUGACGAACACCUUACAAAAAUACCUGGCCUCGUUCUACUUAAAUUAUUUCACUUUUGAGUAAUUUGAGUCAAUUGCUUUUCUUUAGAACUAAAAAGAUUCGGACCAUAUCUGUAAAUACAGUGUUGAUUUCCUUUUUUUUAAUUCAGAGCAACGUAGAUAAAUAAAUGUUGACAGUAGUUAGAAAUCUGUUGAAAUUUUUACAGUUUAGUUUCUUUUUAAUUUGAGUGCCUCUAGCAUAUGCCUGAGUGGGCAGGAGUGUGUGUGUGUGUGUGUGUGUGCGUGCGUAUGCGUGAAAAGUGAUGAAAUUAUCCAAUCCCAUUUUUUUUUCCAUGUCUUCGUUAGAUGAAAUCCAAAGCAUUACCUUUACACGGAAGCCUUGUUGCUUGUCAUCAACCAGCCUUAGUUUCUAAAUGUAUCUCAGUGUCACAUCACAGACACUGCUUUGAGAAAAGGCUUUCAUUGUGGUGGAUUAAUGUUUGCAUGCUGGAAUUAAGAAUCCACUCAUUCCCCUCGUAGAGUACGGAACGUGUCGGGGUAAAGAAAACAGAAAGGAUUAGAAGAGCGGGAUGAAGCCAUAAUCAAAGAUUAAACAAAGGAUUAAGAAGACGAGGAUUUAGUAAGAAAUUGUUGGAUGUGUUUAGGCAUCUCAGGAGUUCCACAUGAUUUACAUACAUUAUAUACAUAAUAUAUAAUAUUAAUAUUAGAAUAAUAUUAUAUAUAUAAUGUAUAUGAGUGCACUACGUAGUGUUUUCUCUAUGUCUAAGCGAUUUCAGAUCUGUCCACCCUGUAAAGAAAACUCGCCUUGGAAAUCAUCCCUUCCCACGUUUGCCGUGUUUGAUGUGAUGUUUGUGAAUGUACCAUCUCAUGAAUAAAGCCCUUCACAGCAAA